AUGAGGAAAGCACAACAGACUACUCUUCUCAGAAACCACUGUGAAGAACUUGAUGGUCCACCACAACAUUUGAUUUUUCAAGCUGGGAUGGAUAAACCAAUCACUGGAGAAAUUCCAACCUCAAACCCUGAUGCCUUAGCUUGUCAAAAAAGACAUAAGAAACUGAUGGAGGGCUACAAAAACAAAGACUCUCAGGGGAAGAAGAAAUCCAAUAUUAAGACUGCAGCAAGAAAGAGAUUUAACAAUGUUGCCAAUCCCACCGAGCCUAAGGAAACCCUGGAUCCUACAACCAUCUUCCCAACCACUGCACCUUACCAACCAAUUAACAACAGUGGAUCCCAAAACAUCCCCACCUUAGCUGCCAUCCAACAGCAGAUGAUGGAGGAUCACUCCAGAGAAAAAAGAUUACUAUGGGAGAGGAGAAGAAAUGAGCUAAAAUUAAAAGUUGUCGAUGAUGAUCAACACCCCCACCUUGUGGAUCCUAAACGUAAACUCUAUGAGCCAAAGGACCAAAGAAUGCAGUGGAAUGCAUAUUACUCAGCUAAGAGGUUUAACAGCCAGCAAACAAUGGAUGAGGAACCAUUAUCAAGCAAUACUACUAGCAAUCUGGAAGGAGAUAAUUUGCCUACAAACAACCAGGUAACUCACAUCAUAAUCCAGUUAUAUAAUUACACUCGCAGCAUCUUAACUAUAAGGAUUGACCUUUGGUUAACUGUCAGUUACUUUGCUAGGAUAUCUUACUCAUUCCUAGGUUACAAAAUCAUCAUUUUCUCAUAUCCUAUUAUAUCUUAUUUUUGGCAAUUUUACUCUGUCAUAGCUUGGAAUUGCCAAGGAUUAGGACAAGCUGACACUAUUAGAUACCUAGACAACAUGCUAAAUAAACAUAAUCCAGAAGUUAUCUUCUUAUCCGAGACCAAACAACAAGCUAGAAAUCUAAAAAAACUCCUAGGAAAUAUAGGAGUCGUUAAUUUCUGGUUUGUAGAACCAAAGGGCAAAGCUAAAACAGCUGGAGGAUUAGUUCUUGCUUGGAAAACCAACCUUGAUGUCACCAUUGAGGAUUUCUCUGACCAUCAUAUUAAUGCCAUCAUCAAACCUUUACAUGGUGAACCUUGGAUUUUUACUGGUUACUAUGGGAGUCCCUUUACUACUAAUGAUAAAUUACACUCCUGGAGUAUGAUUGAAAAAACCUUUGCUGCUAACUCCUUACCUUGGUUGAUUAUGGGAGAUUACAACUUUGUCCUUCAUGAUCAUGAAAAAUUUAGCCAGCAUCCCAUUAAUCAAGCUGAAGCUGAUAUUUUCCUAAACAAGAUAGAAGAAGCAAAUCUCUCUGAUCUAAGCUACACUGAAUGCCCUUUCACUUGGACUAACAAGAGAUCUGGUACUCAGCUCACAGAGCAAAGACUAGAUAAAGGCCUAGCUAAUGAAGCUUGGCUAGACAACCACCCAAAUACCACCAUCUCAAGCCUCACUUCCUUAGGCUCUGAUCAUAACCCAAUCAUUCUCAAUACCAAUCCUAGAUGGAGACAUGGUCAAAUCCCCUUCAGAUUCUUUGGUCCCUGGCUUGAUCAUGAAGACUGCAAAAGCAUUAUAGUCGACUGCUGGAAGAUAACUCAUAAAGGAUCUUUAGCCAUAAAAAUAGCAAGGAAAUUAAGAGACAUCAAAGUCAAGUUAAAGAAGUGGAAUAAGGAAAUCUAUGGCAACAUCAAAACUAGUUUAGAAGAUUGCAUCAAACAUCUGGAUUGGAUAACAAAAAAUCAGUUUACAUCAUCUAGAGGAGCAGAGCUAAAAGAAGCAAGAAUUCAGGCGGCACAUUUGCAACAUGUGCAAGAAUCUUUCUGGAAGACCAAGAGCAGAUACCUACAUAUCAAGCUUGGAGAUAAAAAUACAGGGUACUUCCACAUUGCUGCUAAUAAAAGAUAUAGGAGGAAUAGGAUUGAUUCUAUCCAACAGGAAGAUGGUACUUGGAUCCAUGAUACUGCUGAAAUUACCCAAACUUUCACCAAUCAUUUUGCCAAGAUGGCCACUGAAGAACCCAUCAAUAUCAACCCCUUCAUUAUAAAGCUCAUACCCACCACAAUUAUUACCCAAGAGAAUCAGAACCUUAUCAGAAUACCUGAACCCACGGAAAUCAAAAACAUUCUCUUCAGCAUGACUGGUGACAAAGCUCCAAGUCCUAAUGGCUUCCCCCAAACUUUUUUCAAGCCAACUGGGACAUUGUGGGAGAAGACAUCAUCCGCAUGGCAAAUAUCUGACAACAUAGCCAUAGCUCAUGAAAUUAUCCACCACAUGAAUACUAGAAGAGGAAAAAAAGGAAACAAUGGCACAAUGGGCAUUAAAAUUGAUAUGGCAAAGGCAUUUGAUAGAGACAGUUGGGACUUUCUUCUUCAGAUUUGCAAGGAUGCACCGGCUAUCAACCACCUGCUCUUUGCUGAUGACUGCAUGAUAUUCUGCAAAGCUAAUCUUCAGGAAUGCAAUAAUCUCAUUCAGAUUUUUAAGGAAUUUGGUAAAUCCUCUGGACAGUUGAUAAACUUCUCAAAAUCUGGUAUCUUCUUCAGCAAGAACACUGCCCCGGACAUUGCUGAUAACAUCAGUAAUACUUUGAAGGUUCAAAGGAUUAAUCCAACAGACAAGUAUCUGGGUUCCCCUCUGUUCACCACAAAAAGCAAGAUCCAAGCUUUCAAGCCUUGUGUAGACAAGAUUAAAUUCAUAUUUGCUGGAUGGAAAACCACUCUCUCUACUGCUGGAAAAAUGACAAUGAUUCAGUCUGUCACUUCCACAACUAGUAUACGUCAGAUGAACUACUUCAAAAUUCCAAAAACUAUCUGCAAUGAGAUCAAUGUCAUUCAAAGAGACUUUUUCUGGAAUAAAGAACAAGACAGAUCUAAAGGAGCCUAUUACUUUGCUUGGGAUGCAGUAAACAAACCCAAAGAAUUAGGAGAUCUGGGAUUCAAAAACAUGGAAAAAUUUAACAUGGCUAUGCUUACUAAAAUUGCUUGGAGACUUGUCUCAGAGCCAGACUCCCUAUGGAGCAGUACUAUGAAGGCAUCCCACUAUCCCAACACUGAAAUCAUAAGAUUAGAUACCAAACCAAAGGCCACAGACUCUUGGAUCUGGAAAGGAAUUCUGGAAGGCAUAGCUCUUCUCCAACAAUAUUACAUUUGGAAAGUGGGAAAUGGAGUGAACAUACAUAUUUGGGAAGACAGAUGGGUCACAAACCUCCCAGGGAGACUUCAAAAACCAAGCCUCUGCCCAGAGAAUCUCAUAUAUGUUAAUCAGCUCUUCAAUACCCAUGGGGAUUGGGAUAUCAACAUUAUUAACCAAUGGUUCUCACCUGAUAUUCAAAACCUGACUAUUCAAACACCUCACUUCAUGGAUGAACAUGAUGAAAUCAGAUGGUCCCUCACCAACAACAACAAGUUUUCAGUCAAAUCACUUUAUGAUAAACAGAUCCAAGUUAAAUAUACCUCAGAUACUCCAACUGCCCCUUGGACUCAAAUCUGGGUUCCUGAUACAAACCCUGCCAUUCAACUCUUCAUCUGGAAAUGUGCCCAUGGCAUCCUACCAACUAAUGCUAAGACAGCUAGCAUUUUGAGUUACAUUGAUCCUUUAUGCACCUAUUGCAAAAAUGGUGUUGAAGAUAUAACUCAUGUUCUUCUCUCGUGCCCUGCUAUUUCUGAUGUUUGGAGAAAACUGUUUGGCCAAAACCAUAAUCUCUUCACUCAGUACAAUAAUCUCCAUGAUUGGCUAAACAACUGGUUCCAAGCUGACAACAACAUGGCUAGCUGGAAUGAAACAUUUGCCACUACAUCCAUACCAGAAUCCACCAUAAGCCAGGACACAUCCUGA